AUGGUUGAGCUGAUGGCCACCAUGGUGGUCGGGCCACUGGUGUCCGUGGUGAAGGACAAGGCCUCCAGCUACCUCCUGGACCAGUACGACGUCAUGGAGGGCAUGGAGGAGCAGCAUGAGACCCUCAAACGCAAGCUGCCGGCCAUCCUGGACGUCAUCGCCGACGCCGAGGAGAUGGGCAACAAGCUCCGCAUGAUUCUCAAUGCAAUUGAAGUCCUCAUUACAGAGAUGCAUGCCUUUAGAUUCAGAUUCCAAGCACAGCCACCAAUGCCUAAGAGCUGGAGGCACACGGAAUCUGACAUCAUCGACCUUAAGGAAAUUGCUAGUCAAUCAAGACACAAAGACAAGGAGGAGGUUGUUAACAAAUUGAUUGGUGACCGAGCGAGCAAUUUGCAGCUUACGGUCCUUCCCAUAGUUGGAAUGGGGGGACUGGGCGAGACCACCUUAGCUCAGCUUGUCUACAAUGAUCCUGAAAUUCAAAAGCACUUUCAGCUGCAACUCUGGGUAUGUGUCUCUGACAACUUUGAAGUUGAUCCCUUGGCUAAAAGUAUAGCUGAAGCAAAUGCAAAAGGGAAGAACAACAUCAAUACUAGUGAAAAAUUACCGUUGGAUAGCCUUAAGGAAGUAGCAAGUGGGAAGAGGUACCUUCUCGUCUUGGAUGAUGUAUGGAACCGUGAUGCUAACAAGUGGGGAAAGCUGAAGUCCUGCCUUCAAAAUGGUGGCAACGGUAGUGCAGUGCUUACAACAACUCGUGAUAAUGUUGUUGCUGAAUUGAUGGGUACAACUGAAGCAUAUAUUCUCAAAAGCCUAGAGCAAAGAUUCAUAAUGAAAAUUAUAAUGGCAAGAGCGUUUAGUUCAAAAAAUGAACAGGACGCUAAGCUUGUUGAGAUGGUUGGUGAUAUUGCCAAGAGAUGUGCUGGGUCGAGUUUAGCAGCUACAGCAACCAAUGUGGAAGAAUGGAGGGCUAUAUUAAGCAAAAGCACCAUCUGCGAAGAUGAGACUGGAAUUUUACCAAUACUCAAGCUCAGCUACAAUGGGCUGCCAUCGCACAUGAGGCAAUGCUUUGCUUUCUGUGCUAUUUUCCCCAAGGAUUAUGAUAUAGAUGUGGAAAAGCUAAUCCAACUAUGGAUGCCCAAUGGUUUUUUUCCAGAGCAACAUGGAGUGCGUCCUGAGAUCACUGGUAAACAAAUCUUCAUCGACCUGGUGUCAAGGUCAUUUUUUCAAGAUGUGAAGGAAGUCCCAUUUGAAGUCCAUGACAUUUGGGUUCCUAGAGUUACUUGCAAGAUUCAUGAUCUUAUGCAUGAUGUUGCACAGUCUUCUAUGGGAGCAGAAUGUGCUACCAUAGUUACAGAGCAGAGUCAAAGUGAGAAAUUUCCAAAUUCGGCUCGGCAUUUAUUUAUAUCUGUUGAUGGACCAGAAACAAUUCUGAAUGGUUGUCUAGAGAAAGGAUCUAUGGCUGUGCAAACACUGAUAUGCAAUGGAUCUGCAGAUGGAGAUCUGAAGCAUUUAUUGAAGUACAGAUCUAUCCGUGCACUAAGGAUCCACCGAGGUUCUUUCUUGAAACCAAAGUAUCUGCAUCACCUGAGGUACCUUGAUCUCUCGGAUAGUGAUAUCGUAGUACUUCCUGAAGAAAUAAGCAUCUUAUAUAAUCUGCAAACACUGAACCUUUCAAACUGCCGCGAACUUAGUCGACUUCCAAAGGAAAUGAAGUAUAUGACUGCCCUCCGUCACCUGUACAUUCAUGGAUGUGGUGGGUUAAAGAGCAUGCCCUCAGAGUUGGGACAGCUCACUUCCCUACAGACGCUUACAUGUUUUGUAGCAGUUAGACCACUAGAGCUAAGGCAGCUAGAGAAUGUGACAGAAUCAGAUGAGAAAGCAGCAGAUCUUGGGAACAAGAAAGAGCUAACCAGGUUGACAUUAACAUGGACGUCUUCUCUAGAAAAGGAGGAAGAGGAACAACAUAAUACUAAAGUGCUGAAGGCCCUCAAGCCUGAUGAUGGGCUGAAGGUUCUAGAUAUAUAUGGCUAUAGGGGUGGCACUUAUCCGACAUGGAUAAAUACGUUGCAACAAAUGGUGAAGCUUACACUAUCGGGUUGCAAGAAUCUCAAGGAGCUUCCUCCACUGUGGCAGUUACGAGCUCUACAGGUUCUCAACUUGUGGGGAUUGGAAAGUCUUAGUUCCCUGUGCAGUGGUGAUGCACCCGUCACAUCAUUUAAGGAACUGAAGGAGCUUUCACUGAGGAUCAUGCCAAAUUUUGAGACAUGGUGGGCCAAUGAGGUACAAGGGGAAGAGUCAAUAUUUCCUCAGGUUAAGAAGUUGUCCAUAUCCGACUGCAAAAGGCUGACUGCAUUGCCUAAAGCAUCAAUGAUUAAGGAACCACGGCCGCCAUGCGGAGUUAUUAAUACUGUGUGGCGCUCGGCAUUUCCAGCGCUGAAGGAAUUAAAAUUGUACAGGUUGGAAACCUUUCAGAGAUGGGAGGCAGUUCAAGAAACUCUAGGAGAAGACGUGACAUUUCCUCGGCUUGAGAAGCUAGUAAUUGAGUCGUGCCCAGAGUUGACUAGCCUCCCUGAAGCACCAAAUCUAAGUGAAUUGAAGAUCCGAGGAGGCAGCCAACAAAUGCAAGUACAGGUAGCAAACUGCAUCGUCACUGCUUCGUCGUUGUCCAAACUGGACUUGUGGAUCAAUGACGACAGAGAAGCAGCAUGGCUGGAUGGCAACAGCUUGAUUCAAUUGGUGGAUGGGGAUGGAUUUCUGAGUGACAUUCUUCUUAACGGAGUUGCCAACGAAGUUGAUGGUGAUCUUGCUGGUUUCGACGACCUCGACAUUCCGAUGACCCAAGAAACACAGCAUGGCGAUGUGGAAGAAGUGCAGGCAAUUUUCAAUUUGCCAAACCCAAAUAGCAAACUAUUGGAGAAGGCCUCUUUUUUCACUUGGCAUUUGGUUUUGAGACUUGGCAAAACUAUAGAUUUGCCAAGAGAGCUCGCAUUGCUGGAAGAGCUCUACCUUUAUGGUUGCAAAAGCCUGGUGUCAUUACCAAACGGGCCUCAAGCAUACUCAUCUCUGAGGCGUCUUACUAUCAAGUCUUGUCCUGGUAUCAAACUGCUUCCCCAGAGCCUACAGCAACAACUGGGUGAUCUCAAGGACGACGAAAAAGAACUAGAUGCCCAUUUUUACCAAGAAAAGAAGCACCUAAAACCUAAACGAAAGUCAAAUGAUCUACUCUGA